AGCCGCCGGCCAUCUUGACGGCGCCAUUUGUUAUUUCCAUGCGCUGUUAAUGAGUUUAAUUGUGUAAAUUUUAUUAUUCCCAACAAAUAUUUUAUUUAGGCAUGAGGACAUAAGUGAUUUGUGAAUUUAUGAACUUAUAAUAUGAUGGAAGACGAGUAUAUGGAGAGCCAAGAGGUUGCAAUAAGUGAUGUGAAUCGGAACGCGGAUGCACUCGAUAGCACUGAACCCAAAGACUUCACAGAUGUAGGCGGCUUCGAUGAUGGUUAUGAGGAGGACGACGGUGGGAACAAUUUCAGAGGCAAUCGCGGAAGAGGGAACUUCAGAAAUAGAGGCCGCGGCCCUCCUCCGGGCUGGAUGAACGGCCCCCCGAUGCGGUUUCGCGGUCGCGGCUAUGGACCCGGCGGGCCUCCCAUGCGGGGGCGGGGUUUCUUCCGCGGUCGUGGCGGACCUCGCUUCGGACCCAACGGAGGACCCAACUUUGACAACAACUGGGGGCCGAUGGGGCCCCCGCCGCCCGGGAUGAUGGGUGGCCCUCCUCCAUUCGGUCCGCCACCGGGCAUGAUGCCUCCUGGAGGGCCUAUGGGACCACCGCCAAAUAUGAUGGGACAGCCUCCGCCGUUCGGAGGCCCGCCUGGCAUGCCCCCACCUAAUAUGCCCGCACCAGAACUGUGGGUGGAGACAAAAUCUGAAGACGGAAAGUCGUACUACUACCACUCGAGGAGUCGCGAGACAACGUGGACGCGGCCACAGGAGGGGCCCACGGUCAAGGUGAUCACGCAGGCGGACAUGGAGGCUAUGGCCGCCGCAAGCAUGUCCGCGCCGCAGUCGAUGCCCAUGAGCGGGCCCAUGGGCGGGCCGAUGGGCGCGCCGCCAAUGGGUAUGAUGCCCAACGGAAUGAUGGGCGGCAUGAUGCCGCCGCAGGGCCAGCCCGGCGCCGUGCCGCCGUUCAUGCAGCCCCCGCCGUGGGGCAAGGACGGAAUGCCAGCCAAAGACAAGCCAGAGGAGCCGACCUCCACCGAGCAGAACGAUAUGCCGCCAGGAGAGGGCGCGCCGGGAACGCAACCCGCUAACGGUUUCCCCGGCGGCCCUGGAGGUCCGGGCGGUCCCGGCGGCUUCCCCGGGCCGUUCCCGGGCGGCGCGCCCCCUGGCGGGUUCCCGGCGUGGGGCGGUUGGGGCGGAGGCUGGCCGCCGCCGCUGGUGGCGCAGCCGCCGCCGGGUCUCGCUGCCGCCGCCGUGCCAGACUCCACAACAGGUGAAGCGACUCAGUUGCCGCCGCCGGAGAACCAGCCGGCCGUGCACGCGCCCAUGCAGCAUCCGCCGCUGCAGCACCAGCCGCCGCCCGUCCACCAGUCGCCGCACCAGCAGCCGCCACACCAGCAGCUGCAGCAGCACCAGCCGCCGCCGCAGCACCAGCCGCAGCAGCACCAGCCGUCCCAGCAGCAGCAGUCCACGCCACAGUCGACGCAGCAGCAAACACCGGCUCCAACACAACCGCCGCCUAAGAAAGAGACGGUGAUCCCGCCGGAGCUGGUGAGCCGCGCGGCGGAGUGGAGCACGCACCGCGCGCCGGACGGCCGCCCCUACUACUACCGCGCCUCCAAGCAGCAGAGCGUCUGGGAGAAACCUAAGCCGCUCAGGGAACUAGAGAGGCUACAGGCGAGGAUUGCCGCCGAGAAGGGUGACAAGGACAAAAUAGUGGAGACGAUCGUAUUGGACGACAAGCCUGAGGAAGCAGACGGUUCUACAGAGAAGGCGGCAGAACCAGAAGCGGACACGGAGGCGGAGCGACGCACGACCGAAGCCGAGCAGGAGAAGGAGCGUGCCGCCGUCGCCAACGCCGCCAACGUCGCCAGUGCAGCCAGCGCCGCCAGCGCGGCCACCGCCGAGCGCGAGCGCCAGGACUCGGAGCGCGCCGAGCAGGAGCGCCGCGACAAGGAGGCCGCCGACGCCAAAAAGGCCAAGCAGGACCGGCGGCUGCCGCUCUUCACCACGCACAUCUCCGGCACACCAUGGUGCGUGGUGUGGAUGCGCGACGGGCGCGUGUUCUUCCACAACCCGACGGCGCUGUCGUCGGUGUGGGAGCGGCCGCCGCAGCUGGUGGGGCGCGCCGAGGUGGACCACGCGCUCGCGCAUCCGCCGCCCGCGCUGCUCGACCUGCUGCGCGAGGACUUCGCUGCGGGCGCGGGCUCGGCCACGGCGGACGCGCUCGUCAACAAGUCCGCUAACGGCGAGAUGAAGCGCCCCGCUGACAAGUCCGAGUCCGACUCCGACGCCGAGCCUUCUAAGAAGGCCAAGAGUGAAGACACUAAGAAGAGUUCGACGAUCGACGUGGGCAAGGAGGCGGCGAUCGAGGCGGAGGUGCGCGCGGCGCGCGAGCGCGGCGUCGUGCCGCACGAGCAGCGCCUGCGCAGCUUCCUGCAGAUGCUGCUCGAGAAGGACGUCUCCGCCUUCAGCACCUGGGAGAAGGAGCUGCACAAGAUCGUCUUCGACCCCAGAUACCUCAUGCUCAACUCCAAGGAGCGUCGGCAGGUGUUCGACCAGUACGUGCGUGAGAGGGCCGAGGAGGAGAGGAAAGAGAAGAAAAACAGACUGCAGCAAAAGAAGACCGCCUACAAACAGCUCAUGGAAGAAGCCAAGCUGCAUUCCAAAUCGUCGUUCACCGAGUUCUCGUCGAAGCACGGACGCGACGAGCGUUUCAAGGCGAUCGAGAAGCCGCGCGACCGCGAGACUUUCUUCAAUGAGCACAUCGCGGACGUGCGCAAGCGCGACAAGGAGGAGAAGGAGCGCAAGAGAGAGCAGGUUAAGGCGGAUUUCAUAGGUCUGCUCAAAGAGAAGGGCAUCGACCGGCACGCGCGCUGGGCCGACGCCAAGAAGAAGGUGGACAGCGAGGCGAGGUACAAGGCGGUGGAGACCAGCAGUCUGCGCGAGGACUACUUCAGGGAGUACUGCAAGCUGCUGAAGGAGGAACGGAAGAAAGACAAGGAUGGCAAAGAGAAAGAGCGCAGCUCAAGUAAGAAAGAGAAGAAAGAAAAAGAUCGAGACAAGGACAAGGAGAAGGAGAAGGACAAAGACAAGGAGCGCGACAAGGACAGCAAGAAGGAGAAGAAGAAGGAAAAGGGAGAGAAACAAUCCGAUCAGUCGACAGAAGACGAGCCGAAGCAGCCGACACCGCCGCCCGACCAGUGGGCGGAGAUCCUCGGCAUUCCUGGCGAAGAAGGAGGCAAGGCCAACCCUAAGAGGACGUCCAAGAAAGUCCCACAAACGUCGCCUGCCAAAUCGGACAAGUCAAAAUCAACGACGCCCGAGCAAGAAGUCAUCUCCCCCAAACAACUUCGGUCGUCGAAAAAGGAGCAACCGACACCCGAGAAACCGGAGAAAACAGUAAUAAAAUCCCCGCCCAAAAAGCGGAAAUUGGAGGAGUUCAAAUCGCCAGAAGUGGAAGACAAGAAAAAGAAGCCUGUUGAAAAGAAAAAGAAUGCAGAGAAAACAGAGAAAACGGAGAAGAGGAAACGGAAGAAGAGCGAGAAAGAAUAGUGUUUGUUGUACGUUUUUUGUAAACGGUGAUCGAGACAAUUUGUGCGUGCUAGUUCGGAAGAGGCUGACGAGGACUGAGUUAUUUGUUACACGUUGAGUUGUCUGGCGGGGGAGGGGCGGGGGAGCGUGCACUCCUCACUGCACUUAUUAACUGGUGUUUCGCAAUGCCUUCUGCACUAUGAUUUUAUAAUAACAUUUUAAGAUUCAACAAAAAGACGAUCUUAUUUAUAUUCAAUUAAAUAAGUCAUCACGAUCUAAAAUUAUUCUAAAUUUUAAAUUGGGUCACAAAAGACCCGGUUGUAUCGCGGCCCACGCCCGCCCCCCAUUACGCUUGUCUCACACAUACAGGCGGACGAACUGGAGGUUGUAGUGCAUCCGAGCUUAAGCAUCACACAGACAGUAGACCGUUACAAUAAAGCGAAAUUAUUGGACUAUUUUCAUGUACACCAUGAAGUGAUUUAUUUAAUAACUCAAAAUACAUAUAACCGACUACGAACAGUGCGUGUAUAUAUAAGAUUGUAAAUUAUAUUCGGUCUUGGAGGUGGCACUGCGUUGCCACGGUGAUGUGGUGCAAAAAUGACCCGGAAUUCGAUGACAGUGACUAUUAUGUUUGGGUCAGUUUUGACCCGGUUAGUAAUUGACACGCUAUGGUUCUGGUAAUCGUGUUUAGUGGAAGUAAAACUUGUGUAUAUAACGUUAGGGUCGAAUUCUCUGAAAAAUAUAUUUUGAAAAGCUUUAAAAUGAGAUCGAAUUGAAAAGCUUUGCCACCUUUGGGGAUAAUUACAUAGUGUAACUUAGCUUUAUUGUAUAUUUAAGUAAAUAUAAGUAUUAUUAUUAAGGUGCGUUUUUAUUUAAAGAGUACGAAGACGUAUCGAUAAAACUUCAUGCUCUAUUUUUUAUAAAAAUCUGGUUACCUCCGAAACGGAACAUAGUGCGUAUAUAAUUUGCAAGGAAAUAUUCGAUUAGAAUUAACUGGCAGUAUGGAAUGCUACGGAAUUGUUCCUGUCCACUAUAGCGGGGUGAUAUGCGCGAGAGCUUAGAAUAUUGUCAACCAAUAUUGCGCAAUAGAUGUCUGCUGGCCCAGUUUGGUAUAACGAUUCGGCCAGACAAGCAAUGCAUUGUGUUCAAUUCUAUUGGUUGAUGAUUCAGAAUGACUCGUAGCUGAACACCGCUUUGGUUGACAUACUAUGGUGAGGUACCCGAUUCAAUGACAAAACUUAAACGUAUCGACGAAAAAUAUUGAAUAUGUCGACACAAAACUAUGCCAAACUAAAUGGAAUAAUUGUCAGUACAGAAAUUACUCAGUUGUUCUAUUUGGUCUCAAACGGGACAGUAUGGUCUCGGAGGCUUGGCUUAAAGCAGAAACCACUGUCGUAUUGACACGUUUCAAACUGUAAUGCAAGUGUGGCCACAAAUCAACUCACACCCAGGUUUUUUGGGUACCAACGCGAAAGAUUUUUUUAAACAAAUAGCUAUGAAUUAUUUAAUUUAACGCUCGUGACGUACAUAUACGUCAGAGUUAAUAAAAUUAUUACCAAACAUAAGUAAUAUGUGAGUUGAUGGAUGCAUUUAUUUCAUAUAAUAUAUUUUCGCGCAUGCACUAAGGAAGGUGUAUGAACGUUAUGGCUAAAAUCAAAUAUAGCGAGGCGAAUUUCGCGUAGCUAUUCGUCUGCAUCUCACUUAGCGAUGAUGAAUUUAUUCAAAGCAAUUUUGUAUGACGUGUAUACACGUUAGAGACGCACCAAUAGUAAAUGAAAUAAGCGUUCAAAAAUAUCACCACAGUUCGCGCAAUCAAAUGAUUAAACUAUAGUUUUCAAUCAAAAAAAGCACUUAAUUCAAUAGUCUUGUGGAAUUUUCAUUUUACGUCGCAAACUUGCGCAUGCGCAUCAGCAAUAUCACCGACAUUAUGUAGAUGAAAAAUGACACGAUACACGAACUUGGUGAUCGUUUAUGUUUGCUGUUGACGUUUUGUUUAUCAAUUUUAACUCUUUCAGUCGACGAGAGUUUUAUAGUACGUAACUAACUAAUUGCCAAAUUUCUUGUGGUUGGACAACUUAGCAUUAGCCAAUUAUUUUAUAUUACAAUAACCUUUUUUCAUCUUAUUUUGGCUUAAAGAAGCCGUAAAGAGUGUAGAACGUAAUUUGCCGUCACAAAACGUGCAAUUUGGAUGUGAAAUCCUACGAUGCAUCUGACGUUAUGAAACGUCGCGAGAGGUUCACGUCGACUGAAAGCUUUUCCGCGUGCGUCAUGCUAGCGGCCAGUAACUAAUUGGUGUUAAAUGUUGAUCAAUGUGCCGGUAUAUGUUGUCUGUUGUAGUCUGCCGCUGGCUAAUCGUAGAAACUGGCUUAUGGACACACGCUCCGACAAAUCGGUACGAUUUUUAUCGUACGAUUUAGCUGUGCCAAUUUUGGUAAUUUGCAAUUGAAAAUAUCAAUUUAAUAAAAUGUCGAGUAAUUAUGUGUUGGUUUCUAAGAUUCGUCACCGACGUUUCCAUUAAUCAUUAUCGGAUUGUGUGUGUAAAUAUUUCUAUAGAUGUGUAAUAUUGAGUUAAUUUUUCGCUCGCGUACAUUGAAUUGUAUACGCGACGUUAUCACACGUUGUUAGAUAGUUACAAGACGGGGUUUCAACAGCUUUUUAUCGUUUUAACAUUUGCAUUUGGGGAAAAAAAUACUGAUAUUUGUUUAUUCCAUAUUUAAGACACGUGUUUUUUUCUGACUAAUUUUAAUUUUCCAGUGCUGCAUGCAAGUAUUUAUUAUAUUAGGGGUAUUUUGUGGUUCACGACGUUAAUCUCUGAUAAUAUGUGUUGACCGUUUAUUAACUUUGAUUGUCAGCCCACAACACAGUGCCCUUGUAGAUGAGUUGUAUUUCAAAGAUCAGAUUCCCAUACAGGAACCAGAGUUUAAUUUCAUUAUAUUACAUAUGACAUUCUGGACCUUUCAAAACCGUCUGAUCAGUAAAUAUAAUAUAAACAGACCGCUCGAGUCCUUCGUUGUAUAUAGAUCCGGCUUCAAACACGGAGACAUAAUUGUAUCAACUGACGAGAAGUGACCACCUUACGUCAGUCGACACUAUCUGGAGCUAGUCUGCUUACCGUCAGAUGCAGUAGGGUAACUACUGGGCCUGUAUGAAAAAAAAAUUAUCUAAAUUGACGAAUUUGAAUGGCACCAUUAUCUUCCAAUUCUUUAAAUUUCAUCAACAUAUAGCCUGUUGGUAGCUAUUAUUCAAGUACGCUCCCUUCUUUCUUUGCCUUUUUUCAGUAUUAAAUAGUUAACAAACGGCCUCGCGUUGUACAGGAGAUACUGGAGGCCUAGAACGGGGCAGUGACUAACUUCACGCCGGUCAUAAAGUUCGGUGUUAAUUUUGCGUGGGUUUCAUAAUUGUUUAGUUUUUGCAACAGAUAUCCGUUACUUGUUAGUAUUUAAUGUUAGAGAUAAAUGAAACAGCAGCCCUCCUCUUAUUAAAGAUUUGGAUAGUUGGAUCGAGUUCAUGAUAUUGCUAUUUAUUUAUUUAAGAUACUAUGGAUAGAUUAAAUUGUAAUUAUCCUACCCAUAGACAAUUGCCAGUCUUCGUGACAAUUAAUAAUUUCAGUAUAAAAGUCUUAAUGUACUUGUAUUGUGUGUGAUACUCAAAUAUUUGUUUCGGGUAUGUGUUUCAUUGAACACACACACAUAUUAAAAACAGAGGGAGUAGGCAGAGAUGCAUCUAGAGCACUCGAUUUUGUUUAUUCCGUUCCAUGAUUUGGGAGGGGGCGAGCCUAUCGCCAUAUAAGCCAUAAAUUAAUUACAAAUUUCUCUUAAUUCACUCUCAACACAGUAUUUUAGUGUAGGCUAGCAUUGUGUUGGUUAUUUUUAUUAGAAUCUCUGAUGCAGGAUACAGAGGACUGCUGUAAAACGUAACUUUUAAGUCGGACAGCUGUUUUAGUUUUGAUAUGCAUACAUAUGUUAAUAUUUGUGUAUAUACGUAGUUAACUUCGCGAGGUGGACGACCGCGGCUUACUAUCGCAUAUCCUGCAUUAUCACUGGCGUCGUAAAUACCUGUACCUUAUUCGGAGCUGGUAAUUACAGCGAAUAUAGUAUGGGUUGAGGUAUCGCUGCAUUUUUACUGACUUUAAUGACGUUUUUUGCCGCCUUUUUCACACUUCUACUGGCUAUAGAUAGGUAAUAGGGUAUUUGACUUAUUUUUAUUUAAAACUUUUAUUACAUAUUUACGUCGUAUAAAUUAUAAAACAGAAGAAAUCAUUGAAAUGUGGUGAAAAAUCUACAAGUUAUAAGCCAUUGAAAUGGGUAGUAGGGGUGAGUGUCAAAAAGGGGUGAGUGUCAGCUGGAAUUACGAGAAAUAUUAAUUAAUUAUCACGCAUUGGCGUGCAAUAGAGAGAGACGGAGCGAUAUCCCCACUCUACGCCCACUGCUGCGCGUAGCAAUAUUUGAAAUAUGAAUUACUGCUUCAUUUCUUAUCCAGUUUUAAUACUGUUUUAACACAAGGAUUUCACAUUUUUAAAAAUUCACAAAAUUAAGCAACAAAUACCCUAUAAUUUUUUUUACGCCGAAUAAUUUUAUGCCAUAUUAUGACCGCCUAUUGCACUUUCUACGUUGACCAUUUUCAAAAUAAGGUUCGUCUUCGAAAUUAUUACCAUUGCUUGUAUUAUUUUUUGGCGCAUAUAAUUUUGUUUCUGAUUUCCUAGUCCAGCGCAAAUAAUGUAUAAUAUAAUAUAGAACAUUUAGUUCAUUUGGUCAAAAUCUAUUACUGUCAGGUUUAUUUUUGGAUAUAUAAUUACGUCAGACUGUAGUUCAUUUUGGUCAGAUUAUUCCGUCAUUCGUGAAUUUUAGUUAGUUUUGUCAGAAUUGUGUCAGAUUUCUGUGACUUUGCCUGAUUCUUCAUAAGUGAAUUAAAAUUGUUGAACUAAUAGACUACAAUCAGCUCAAUAAUUGUAUAGGGACUUGUAGAAACCACAGUGAAAAGAAAUCUGACAAAUUUAACCCACGGUAUCAGAAAAUUUGAUCAAAAAGAACUGCACUUAAUUCUGUAUAAGGUAAUUGUAUUUAAAAGUAAAUAAAAUCUGACAUAAAUAGAUCUGACACAAAUGGUCUCAAUAGAGUACGUUUAAUAAUAUUUAUAAUACUAUGUCCGCUAGCAUGACGCACACGAAUAUAUUCUGUAGCGUUUUAGUGUCAGAAAUGGACGUAAAAUAUUUUAUUUUUGUUUUUAUUCUGAAAUUUCGACACAAGGUAGCAGAUUUUAAUGCCAAUGGGUACGCGUAAAUAUUGAUCUUGGUGGAUAAGUCAGACCGCUAGUGCCAAAAUUAGUGAAAUAAAUGUAAACGCAAGAUUUUGUCUUUUUAUUAUUAAAAAAAACUAUUUUUUUUUCGUUUCUUUCUUAUGAAAUAUAAUUCGUUCUUUCAAUUUUAAAAAUACAUAUUUGAAUGGUAAUGGAUACAAUUUUCUUACAUUCAUGUAUUUUGUUAUGAAUUUUAGGUUGGGAAUUAAAAAAUAACUUAUUCCUGUGAAAACAAGGUCCAAUAAAAUAUAUUUAUAUCAAAUUUUCGUUAAUUUCUGGUCGGUACGAUGUAAUUGGUACGUCACAUGUAUUUUUUUUUGGUGUUUCCAAUGUUAUGUUUAGUUUUAUAAAAUUUCUUUUGUUUUAACGAACGUCAAUAUACGUCGUUGAAUAUUAUCAACAUCCUUUGUAGUUAUAUAAAGUGCCUUUUAACGGGUGGACGUCAAUAUACGUCGUACAGAGUAACAUCAAAUAUCGCAAGCAAUAAAUAAUAUCAAAUCAAAUUCAAUUAGAUUUCACUUCGAAAUUGGGCAACUUUCCAGCGUUUUUUUUUUUUAUUUUACAAUUAGAAAUUGAAAUAAAUACAAAGCUAUAGAAGAAUACCAAAAUGUGUUUAUGAUUAUUCAAAGAUUUUUUAAAAAUGUUAUAAGUCUGGACAGUUUAAUUAUAAAGGUUCAUUUUAUAAUUUUGAUUGCUGAAAACGUAAGGAGUUUUUGAAUUUGGCAUUACAAAUCUCGCUGCCUGUUGUCACAAUGAAUUGUAGUAUUGUUUGAUACUGCCAAAAUGUAUUCUAUAUUAUUUAUACAAAAGUAAAAUGUUAUUUGAAUAAGUGAUAUGGUCCUGUGGGAACGCAAUGUUAAGACAGAAGUCCUGUAUUUGCUUCUCAAGCAGCUUCCAAGUUUAACAGUACGUGUAUCUAUUAUUUAAACUGUGAACGUAAACAUUGUUUCUCAGUUUCUCUCUGAAGUGCGACAUCAGCUGAGACGCUGUCAAACAAAAAUUCGUUCAGUAGAUUUUGAGAAAAUCGAUCACAUACAGACAGACAGCUUUUGGGGACUUUGUACAUACAAUCAGUUUUCAGAUUAUGUUCCCACAAGAUCAGGACUCGGUCCCGUUUCAAUCUAAAUAUUUAUUUCAUACACAUUUUGUUAUUGUAAUGAAUUUAAUGAAAUCAUGGUUUAUACAAUAUGUUCAUUUUUGAUUCUAAAACGUGUUAUCGUUGAAAAGUACAGCGAAAGUACUUUAUUGUAAAUACAUUUUAAAACAUUUAUUAUUAUUGAAUGUAAUGAUUUGAUUUGUACUAAUUGUGAAUAAAAACUCUUACCGUA